CUAAGACCGUAUAAACCUUUCAACCCAACAAUAACAAGGUCUGGAUUAUCCUGAGCUGCAUCCUGCACGUAUCCUCGAAAUAUACUGUAUAUACUGGCCACUGCUGCCUCAUACUUGAACCAUACACACUGUUUAACCAUAAGUAGGUGCUGAUGACCUCUGGUAAUCAGAGCACUUAAAGCAGGAGGUCAGGAGAGAGAGGAAUCAGCGGGCGUGUGUAUGUUCCAGUAAAAAGUACAUGGCAGACCUUGGUAAGGACAAGCUGCUACCUCCUGCAGGCAGCCAGGAGGACAAGCCAUCUUCAGACAGCCAGGAGAACAAGGCAUCUUCAAGAAGUAAAGAUGAACCAUCUUCAGACAGCCAGGAGGAUAAACCAUCUUCAGACAGCCAGGAGGACAAGCCAUCUUUAGACAGCCAGGAGGACAAGCCAUCUUCAGACAGCCAGGAGAACAAGCCAUCUUCAGACAGCCAGGAGAACAAGGCAUCUUCAAGAAGUAAAGAUGAACCAUCUUCAGACAGCCAGGAGGAUAAACCAUCUUCAGACAGCCAGGAGGACAAGCCAUCUUUAGACAGCCAGGAGGACAAGCCAUCUUUAGACAGCCAGGAGGACAAGCCAUCUUUAGACAGCCAGGAGGACAAGCCAUCUUUAGACAGCCAGGAGGACAAGCCAUCUUUAGACAGCCAGGAGGACAAGCCAUCUUUAGACAGCCAGGAGGACAAGCCAUCUUUAGACAGCCAGGAGGACAAGCCAUCUUUAGACAGCCAGGAGGACAAGCCAUCUUUAGACAGCCAGGAGGACAAGCCAUCUUUAGACAGCCAGGAGGACAAGCCAUCUUCAGACAGCCAGGAGGACAAGCCAUCUUCAGACAGCCAGGAGGACAAGCCAUCUUCAGACAGCCAGGAGGACAAGCCAUCUUCAGACAGCCAGGAGAACAAGGCAUCUUCAAGAAGUAAAGAUGAACCAUCUUCAGACAGCCAGGAGGAUAAACUCUCUUCAGGCAGUGAGGACAAGCCUCAACCCGAGAUCAUUAGACUCGUCAAUUCCGGCGACAUUAAUGCCAUAAAGAAUUUAUUGCUGACGGGAGAAGCUAAAGUGGGAGAGAGUGACAGCAGCGGCAUGACAGCGCUCCAUCAUGCUGCCUACAAGGGUAAUGCUAACCUCUGUAAGAUGCUCCUAGCACAUGGACUAGAUGUUAACUCUGAUACACAUGACCAUCGAUAUUCUGCAUUACAUUUUGCUGCACUUUCUGGAAGCACAGAGACAGUACAGCAAUUAUUAACUGCUGGAGCUAAGACCUACCAUACCAACACGUUGGGUAGAACUGCUGCGCAGAUGGCAGCAUUUGUGGGAAACCAUGCAGUCGUAGCACUGAUAAACAACUAUUUGCCUAUAAGUGCAGUGAUGAAGUAUACAGUGCCAAGAGGGCUUGAGAAAGAGGCAAAGCUGCCUGUUAUAGCUGCUAAACCCCUCUAUGAUCUUAUCAUGCAGGUUAAUCUUCAUCCAGUGAAAAUUUCCAUCUUCGUGGAAAAUUCAGAAGUGCUUCAAAAUAAUAUUACAAGUGCAUGGAAAGUUUUGGAAAUUAUGUGUGAGAAGGAGAGUAAAUGCCCAGAAAAUGUUAAUGAGGUUAUUUGUAUGAAGCUUCAUUAUCUAGCAUUUGUUUUAAAGACCCUAGAAAAGGAACUGAAAAAACUUGAGCCCAUGAUGAAACAAAAAGAAUUUGCCAAGGACAACUUAAUAUUUGAAAGUAUCAUCAGGAAAUGGCUGAGGAAGCGUCAGCCAGAUGGAUUUGAGGAACAUCUGGAAUAUUACAUUAGAGAUGCAAUAAAGUCUUUUCCAUACAUUGAAAUGCCAUUAUUUAUACAACUUGUCAGAAAUAUAACUUCAGGAAAUAUUGGAGACACAUUUGCUCUCACUAUACUUAGUGGGUGUAUAAAUGGGCAGCGCGCUUUUGACGAUAACUCUUGUUCAACGUGUGGUCAAGAGCUCGAAAGCUUAAAGAGGUGUUCAAAGUGCAAGAGUGCACAAUAUUGUAGCCGUAGUUGCCAAAAACUUCACUGGCCAAUUCACAAGAAGUUCUGUUAAAAUUUUUAAAAGAAAACAAGUAGAACUGAAAAAACAAAAUAAACAUUUUGUGACUAUAGCAGAAAUUAUAAUGGCAUUUAAAGGUGUAAGUUCUUUGUAUUUUUGCACCCUGUGUUUUUUAUUUAUUAAUAUUUGUGUAGUAUUAAACUUUGUGAUUGCAUUUAAUUGCUGAAAAACUUACUAGUUUUUACAGAAAUUGAUAAAAUAUUUUUUUCAUUGGGAUACUGUACUAGUGCCAUAUUUUAUAAUUAUUGAGUUACUGGUAUAUAAAUGUCAUUCUAAAAACUCUGAAUUGCAGAAUCUAUGAAUAUAAUAUAAUCACCCAAUUCUGACAAUCAAAACGUAAUAAAAAAUAAUUUUUAUUAUGUUUUGAUUGUCAGAAUUAAACAGUACUAUGUUUGUGUAAAAUGGUGAAGCCAUGAAGAAUGUAUUCUGUUAGCAUAGUUUACUGGCCAGUGCAGUUGUUUAUAAUAAGUAUUUUCAAAAGAGGAUAUUUUACCUGGAGAUGGGAUGUACAGUGCCUGCACACUGAAGGAGGGGUGUUAAUUUUUACCACUGAAUACAUCAUUGCUUAAUUAAUCAUAAGUUAAUUUUAAGGGCUUUUGGCAUGUACACCCAAUCACUAUAUUUCUUUGUACAACUAUGUAUCAUGUCCAAAUAAAAAAUAAAUAAAUAAAUAAAAAUGUUGCAGUUUACAACUGUAGUGUAAGCACGCCUCUGGCAAGACAGUGAUGGAGUGAAUGAUGAAAGUUUAUUAUUUUUGGGCCACCCUGCCUUGGUAGGAGACAGCUGAUGUGUUAAUAAUAAAACUAGAGGGCAUUGUACUGAAAUGGGAAAAAUGUAAAUUCUAGAGAACAGUGAAAUGUGUGCUGGAUAGUCUAAUGGGACGUGGAAUAUUUUUUUUCUUGGAUAUUCACUUGUGAAGUGAACCCCAGAUGCUUGUGACCACAGGCAAGGGUAUAGCCAUUAAACUGUGAACUGCCGUAUACCCGACAGUUAAUUAAUGUUAGUUAGGAUGGUUGAAGGAUGUUAUGUGUACGUGAUACACAGAAUAAUUGCAUAACACCAACAAAUGAGUUAUUGUACUUUUAUCACCUGAAAUAAAAAAAUUAUCUUUA